CUUCUUUGCUUGCGGCCUACGGCGGUUCAGAUCUCCACCUCUCUUCCCCCGCCGCAACCCUUUUCGUGGCGGUGGCGGUGGGUGGCUCCGGAUCAUGUCGUUCUUUCCGGCCUUCAGAUACGGCGACAGCCUCGCGGUGGUGGGCAUCUCCAUCGCCACAGCCUUCAUCUGCGAGCUAAUCUCCUGGGUCCUUAUCUAUCGCACCUCCAACUACAAGGCUCUCCGCUCCUCGAUCGACAAGGCCUCGAAGAAGCUCGACUCCAUGAAGUCCUCCUCUUCCUCUUCUUCCUCUAAGAAGCCGGCGUCCUCCUCCGCGCCCUCUGCGUCCUCGUCCUCGUCCCGAGCUAAGAAGAUGGACCGUGUGGAGACCAGCCUCAAGGACGCUACCCGCGACCUCUCGCUGUCCAAGUUCAAGUCUGGCGCGGUGGUCGCUGCCGUCCUUUUCAUCGCGUUCGGUCUUCUCAACUCCCUCUUCGAGGGUCGCGUGGUAGCCAAACUCCCGUUCAGGCCCGUCCCUCUGGUCCUCAAGAUGAGUCAUCGUGGUCUGUCCGGAACCGAUCCUACUGAUUGCUCCAUGGUCUUCAUGUACUUCCUCUGCUCCAUCAGCAUCCGGACCAAUCUGCAGAAGCUCCUCGGGUUCGCACCCCCGAGAGGGGCGGCUGGAGCGGGGCUGUUCCCUAUGCCAGAUCCCAAGACUAACUGAAUCGAUCCAAUGCGAUAGAGCCUACUGUGUGAUCUCGAAGAGGGGCAGAUCAGGAUGAGGUCCAAGAACACAAGUCUUUUGAAGAGGCAGCAGUUUUGGUUGCUGCCUGACAAUGUCAAUUGGCGAACAAUUUCCCCUCUCAGGUUAAGUGCUGCUGUUCGGUUCAGGAAAACUAUAAAGCUCGUUUGUUUCCACGAUUUGAACAAUAAGUAUGAUAAGGCAAUGGAUCGAACCUUUUUCUGUGUAAAUUUCUCCACCUCGUAUCGUGUUCGUGCUCUUUAUGUUGCUCAUGCCAGUGACUAUUAGGAUGGCAUGAAACUACAACUAGGCAGAAAAGCUACCACCAACUCGAAGGAUUUUGGGUAACUGGUCGCCAGAAGCUUGGUAGAACAUGACUUUUUAUGAAAUAAUUCUUAUGAAUGCAGUAUUUAUUUUCGUAA